GGUGCUCCUCAGAGGAUGUGUAAUUCCCCCCAAGACAGGAACUCCACCCUGGGAGGACUCCCCCUCUCUCAAUAUAAGGGGAACCAGCAGUCCUCCAAGAUUCAUUCUCCACCAGCAUCUCUAGCAAAGAUCCUCAGCUUUCUUCAACAAAGGCUAAAGAUGGAGGGAGUUUUUGGACAAGACAUUCAUUUCGGACGCUUUUCGUCUCCUGUGGACCACAGCAAUUUACGGUUUCCCCCCUUUGCGAAGUCUGACUCUCUUGGAGUGAAAACGGUGCAACCACGGAUUUUCCAACCUCCAGUUGAACUGGUAGCUGAAGAUGUGGACACUAAUUAUACACGGAACAAUCUAGAUCACCACACCAAUCUGUUUGAGGAGCAAGCCCUCAUUGUGCGCAGGGGUCAGCAGUUCGAGAUCAACAUCUUAUUCAACCAGGAAAUGAGCCCUUACAAACAUUUAAUCUAUGUGAAGUUUGAAAUUGGUGACCAUGCAAGUACAAUCAAGGGCACCAAAGUCAUACUACCUCCUGUUAUGGGGGUUGAGACUGACUGGAAAAUGGAGGUGAUGCCAUUCUCAGGCCACAAGGUCCCUGUAUCCAUCACUCCACCUUCAGACUGCAUUGUGGGACGGUUCAGAAUGACCAUUGGAAUCGAGACACCUUUCAAUGAAAUCCUUUGGCAACCUGGAACUGUGACUGAUGUCUACAUCUUGUUCAACCCCUGGUUAAAAGAGGACAUUGUUCACUUGCCCUCUGAAAGGGAACGGAAUGAGUACGUCCUUGAACAGGCGGGGUGCAUUUACAACGGCACGGCUGUGAACCCUUCACCAGUGCCCUGGAACUUUGGUCAGUUUCAGCAAGGCAUUCUUACUGCCUGCCUGGAAAUCUUGGACGAUUCCAACAUUUCCAUCACCAACAGAGGAGAUGCAGUCAUAGUGGUCCGGAUGGGUUCUGCCCUGAUGAACUCUCAGGAUGACAAUGGGGUUCUGGUUGGGAACUGGAGUGGGAGAUAUAGAGGAGGAACCCCGCCCCUCAGCUGGAUCGGCAGCACAGAAAUCCUCCGACAGUAUCACCGAAAAAAGCACCCUGUCAGAUAUGCGCAAUGCUGGGUUUAUGCUGGAGUCUUCAACACCUUUCUGCGCUGUUUGGGAAUCCCAGCCAGGGUCAUCACCAACUAUCGAUCUGCUCAUGACAAUGAUGGCAAUUUAAAAACUGACAUCAUUCUCACACGUACAUAUGAAUUUGAUCGAGCAAGAACCAGGGAUUCCCUUUGGAACUACCACUGCUGGAAUGAGUGUUACAUGGACAGAAAUGACCUGCCUAAUGGCUUAGGUGGUUGGCAAGUAGUGGAUUCCACCCCCCAGGAGACCAGUGAUGGGAUGUAUAGGUGUGGCCCUUCAUCUGUGGAGGCAAUAAAACACGGUCUGAUUUGUUACCCUUUUGAUGCACGGUUUGUGUUUGCAGAGGUGAACAGUGACAUCGUGUUUCAUGCACCUGGGCCAACUGGAAGGCUGGAAGUGAUUUUUGUGGACAGAACAACUGUGGGCUGGAAGUUGGUCACCAAAGAAAUUGGUAGAAGGGCACCUGCAGAUAUCACUAAUCAGUACAAAUUCCGUGAGGGCACAGUGGAGUCGGAAAUGACUGUGAAGAACGCCGAGCAGUACGGGUGCAGGCGCAAAGGGCCGUACGCCCCUCCCUCAGACGUGGAGCUGAAGGUCGAAGUGUCACCCGCGCUCGUGUACGAAGGCUUCAAGGUCACCCUGCACCUGACCAACCUGAGCAGCUCCUCUCGUACCAUCGACCUCUACGUCAGCGGCAAUGUCGUCUACUACACUGGAGUCCACAGCACCCAGUUCAAGUUCCAGAACCUUCAGGCAGCACUGACAGGCUGGGAAACUGCGACGCAAACCUUGGCCAUUGAUUCUUCUGAAUACGAGGGAAAACUUGUGGACCAGGGCAUGCUUCUAUUCUUCAUCGUUGGGAAUGUCAAAGAGACCAACAAGGCCCUUAUUACCACGAAAGUGGUGAAUAUGGAGACUCCCAAGCUGACUAUCAUGGUGUCUGAAAACCCAAUGGUUGGUGAUGUAAUGACUAUCAGGAUUGAGUUCAAAAACUCUUCUUCACAUGAUCUGGAGGACACAUACUUACAUCUGGAGAUAGCCGGUGUUUGGGUGUUUGCACCUAAAACAUACAAAAAGAUUCUCUCAAACACCACUGUGACAUGGGUUGAGUCUUUUGUUCCAAGAAGAGCAACGCGGGCACUCGUGAUAGCCAGCCUGUACAGCAGCCCGUUGCCGCCGGUGUACACCGAGGAGGAAAUCCACAUCAGGGAGAACGCUGUGCAGCCCGAGCUGUACCCAUUCCCAGGAAUCUUCUGAAACUAACAGCAUUGCAUUUCCCUUCUCAGAUUUGUCCUUUACUAACCCAUACCUUCCCAUUGAGAUUUUGAAUGAUUUUCUAUUGAUCGGAAUACACAUAUGUAUGGCUGGGAGUGCUACUUAACUCAAUACUUGGCUGAAGAAAAACUUAAUGGGCUCAGUGUUUCUGUCAGGUCAGGUAGUUCAGCGUAUCUUCUGGAGAAACAAAUAACAUUUUGAAGGGUAGAGCAUUGGAAAGGGAAGUUCUCAGUCACUGACUACAUCUUCAGGAGCAAAACUCACUGAAAUGCCAUUGUGUUAACCUCCACACGGUUUCCAACACCCUGACCAACAUUAGUCAGAGGCAUAAUGCUCAUUGCUCAUUGAAUUCUGCCUCAAAUUUCAUCAUAUACACAUAAACUACAAUGCUCAGUUAAUCAGACAUAUACUCAUUAUCAGUUAUGUUAUUUUUAUAAUAUCUUUUUUUAUUAACAAGGCUGAAAUGCAAGGGAUUGCAAUUCACUCAUUUCUAUUUGCGAUGCUUUAAAUAUGAUACAAAGAAGUAUGAUACAAAGCAAAUCAGUGACAUUCAAUUCUUGAAAAAUUUACAAACGUGAUUAUUUCUUCAAGAUAAUUUGUUCUGUUUGAGUGAUUACAUUUGGAAAGUUAUGUAACCAAUCAAUUGAAAGCAAAUAUAUACAUUUUCCAUGAGGAUUGCUACCUCUGCUAUAUUCCAUUAGAUUUUUUACAUGUUUCGCUUAGAAUUUUAGGCUUUUUCUACUAUAUCUGAUUUUUAAUUUUUCUCUUCAAUCUUUGGAAGAGCCUGUCUUUGCAGUAUAAGUAUCAAUAAAAUGACAAUUACAGAGUGA